ACGGUCUGGCAGCCUUGCGCAACCAGUUGAAUGCAAAAGAAAUAGAAGAAGUGCGCAAAAUAGAUUGUAUUGUUUUUUUAUGUGUAUAUGUGACAUUGUUAAAGCAUUCCCAAGAAAAUCGGCAAAUAAGAGUGAAAUUGUAUGUUUAUUGUGCAGAGUGCAGAGUGCAAACGUCCAGAAACAAACACAGUUCGAAAAGCAGCCCAACACAUUCAUAUGCACAUACACACACGAACAUACGGAGCGACAUUGAAUGUGUAUGCACACAAUCGUGCAGAGAAACGGGAAACUCAGUGACUUGUGAAUGUGAGUGAAUAAUUGUGAGAGAAGGAGAGGAGCCGACCAAGCCUGCAAUAGGAUAAUUGAUAAAACAAAACGCGGGCCCGGGCCGACGACCAACUUUGCGUUAAGAGCAGCUCAAGGAUUCGGAUAAUCAGCAGGCGGAGGCGGCGGCAGAGACGAAGAACAAACCUCAAGCACUAGAGAGAGAGAAAGAGAAAAACAAAAGUUGUUGUUGCUAAAAAUAGCAACAAAUAGACGAACCCUGCGCCAUCGUUGACGCAGGCCACAGGCGCUUUUACGUAGUACCUUAAUUUCGAUUUGUUUUCCAAUUGGUGGUGGCUACAGUGUCUAUUACCGUUAGCCUGGGAGUAGUGACAAGGCGCAAACUUGAUAUCCGCUCACCUACCGCACCUCGCACCUCUUCCCCAAUAACAACAAUCGAAAUCAAAAUUAUGCUUUUGAAAUUUACAAAAACCAGUGGAGCUGGCAAUGCUGGACCGGGCUCCGUGGCGGGUUCCAGUUCAUCCUCAAUGCAAACGACAACAUCGUAUGCCGCUCGCGGAACAGGCAUGAGGAUGACGAUGUCCACCAAUUCCACAAUGAGUGCCCGAAUACAUCGCAAGGGUUUUCGUAUACCCUCGAAAAGACAACCGGGCAAGGGAUUGCCAGGCAAACUUCACACCAUAACUAGGGCGGGUCCUGGCAAGCUAGUUCCCGGUAAGCGAAUACCACAGCGACCACAUCCGCCGCCUUGCGACAACUCGAACGACAGUGGUCUGGGCUUUGACCAGCACACGGAGCUGCGAUCCUCAUCCUCUGGCCCAGGAGCAGCCGAUCCCGGCAGUUCGAAUGGCAGCAGCAUGAGUGGCAUGAGUGCUGUCCAGCGGGCGAAUCUGCUGGUGAACAGCACGUCCCUGACGAACACGGUGGUGGCUGCGGCAGCGGCAGCCGCAGCUGCAGUGGCAAGUAACUCGUUGCAGCAACACCACCAACAGCAGCAGCAACAGCAGCAGCAGCAGCAGCAGCAGCAGCAGCACCAACAGCAGCAGCAGCAGCAACAUCAACAGCAACAUUCACCGCAGCAGCAUUUAAUUCGAGCAAUACCAGCAUCAAGAUCGCGGCAGACCAAGAAUAUGCUGAGCGCCUUUCUGGACGACUUGGACGACUUGGACAGCUCGAACUCGGAGGAAGCGACUGCCUCCACAUCGCAGUCUUGCUCGGCGACGCCCAGCUCAGAGGGUUACUCGGGCCUCAUCAAUCACAGCAGCGCCAACAGCAGCAGUGGCAACAGCUCCGCUGAUCCAUUUGGUGGCGUCUUCCAGGCCACCGAGGCAGCUGUGGCAGCCGCCGUGUCGGCAUUUAAUGUACAGCAUCAGCUGCCCCCUGCCCAUCAGCAGCAGCAACAACUGCAGCAGCAACAGCAACAGCAAUUUCAUUAUCCUGGAUUGGGUGUGCAGCAGCAGCAGCAGCAGCAGCACCACCACCAGCCGCACCAGCCGCACCACCAGCGGAACUUGGCUCGAAGCAGUGGCAAGCACAUCAAGCGCAAGAAGCUCGAGUGCAACCAGCUGGAGCUGGACAAUGACGAUGCCUGCAGCGAGGACGAGUUCAUCCGCAAGAUAGCCAACGCGGCCAAUGCGGCUCCUGUGGUUCCUGUGCCUUCAGUCGCUUCAGCGGCUCCUGCGGCCAGCCUACGCCCUAGGCCUGCCAUGACUGCCAUGACUAGCGUGCUGCUGCCACGCAAUGGCAAUGAAACAAAGUUUAUUUCGGCCCGCAAUGUCACCAGGGUGGCCAACAAGCGUCAGCCCACAACGCCGCUGAACAGCGUCGCCAGCUCGAACGACGGCCAAGUGCAGCUGGAGAUUGUCUCGCAGCCGGAGCAGCAGCACCGUGCCCGCUACCAGACCGAGGGCAGUCGCGGAGCGGUCAAGGAUCGGAGCGGCAACGGCUUCCCCAUUGUCCGACUGACGGGCUACGACAAGGGCGCCGUGCUGCAGGUCUUCAUUGGCACGGACAUUGGUCGUGUGGCGCCACACAUGUUCUAUCAGGCAUGCAAGGUGGCCGGCAAGAAUUCGACACAGUGCAACGAGAAGAAGGUCGACGGCACCAUGGUCAUCGAGAUCGAUUUUAAGCCAGAGACGGACAUGACCAUCACCUGCGAUUGCGUUGGCAUUUUAAAGGAACGCAAUGUUGAUGUGGAGCACCGCUUUCCCGAGCACUUGGCACAGAAGAACAAAAAGAAAUCGACCCGCUGCCGGAUGGUGUUUCGCACUCAGUUGACCCGCGAAGAUGGCACCACCGAGACCCUCCAAGUCUGCUCCAAUCCCAUAAUUUGCACUCAACCUCCAGGUGUGCCGGAAAUAUGCAAGAAAUCGCUCAACUCGUGCCCCGUCGAUGGCGGCCUCGAGCUCUUCAUUAUUGGCAAGAAUUUCCUCAAGGACACCCAUGUGGUGUUUCAGGAGACCUACGACAGCGUCAAUGGCGACGAUCCCGCUACGGAAAUAGCUGUGAGACAGCAGCUGAUUGGCGGCACAGCCGCUCUAUGGGAACAGAGCGUGAUGCCGGACAAGGAAUAUUUGCAUCAGACGCAUCUCAUAUGCACAGUGCCACAAUAUCUGCACCAGAAUGUGAUCAAGCCGGUGAGCGUUCAGGUAUCGAUCGUUUCGAGCGGCAAGAAGAGCGAGCCGCACACCUUCACCUACACCCCGAAGGGACAGUAUUCGACACUAGCGGCUGCCAGCACGUUAAGUAGCACAAUUCACGAUCAAGAUGUGAAUCACUUUAUGGACACCACAGCAGCGCCAUCGAGCAGCGGAUCGAGCUGGUCGGCCAGUGCGCAGGCAUCUGGAUCGGGCGCGGGAGCAGCCACCAGUGGCGAGGGAGUGGUGGCGGAGACCAAGCAUGAGAUAGACUCGGGCAUGAUGCCCCCACCGAUCAGCAACCAGAUACCGAUGGGCGUUGUGCGCCGCUCAUCGCUGCCCAGCGCCUCACCCAUGAUCACCGAUCAGCAGCUGGUCCACCUCAAUGCCGUGGCCGUGGCCAGUGCGGAGGCCUUGAAGAGCGAACUACUCGACGACAGCAGCACGCACAGUCCACUGACAGCGGAAGCCACACCGGAUGUCGCCAAUGGCAUGCAGCAGUACCACCAUCAGACGCACUUUGCCCGCAAAUCCAGCCUGGAUACGAUCAUGUUCGAUCAGUCAAACAGCUUGCCCGGCUUCCCCGUCACCGCCGUUGACAUUGACUCUGCUGCCGUGGCGGUGGCUGUGGAGUUGGCCGUAAAGAAUGAAAUUGUUAAGCACGUGGUGCAGCAGCAUCAACAGCAGCAGCAGCAGCAACAGCAACAGCAGCAGCAACAGCAGCAGCAGCAGCAGCAGCAACAACAGCAGCAGCCACAACAGCAACAGCAACAACAGCAGCAGCAGGCAACAGCGGCGGCGGCAGCGAGCGUGCACAAGUUCAUCGAUGAGCUGACAAAGUCCACUUCGGUGGUCAGCAGCAAUGGCACCACAGAGCCAGCGCUCUUCAGCAGUGUGGCUGUCAUCGACCACGCUCUGACGGACAUGCUGCAGUCGAAGGUCCUGGGCCAUCAAGCGGUCGCCUCACCCAACGUUGUGCUCGAGCGGAGCCUGUCGCUUGGGUCGACCAACUCGAGCAGCUCGUUGAGCGGCAGCGAGUCCUCGCCGAACAGCUCGCCGCUCACCCAAGACAUAAUCCUCAAUUCGGAGCCGGCAGCUGCUCUGGCCGGUGCCGCCGGCCUGGCGCCGUCUCCCGUGGAUGUUGGCGCUGGCCUUUCCACCGAUAUCAUCAUGAACCCCGCCGUCUCGCCAUCCACCAUACUUUGCUCGGCCAAUGGGGCAGCCACUGCAAUGGUGCCCAACAUCCUGGCGCCCCACCAGGUGACCAUGGCCAACUCCAUACUGAACGAUAUAGCCAUGCAGCCGGAGCCAACGCAGCAGGAUGCGGCCGUGGCUGCCCUAGCGCUGAGCAACAUCAUGAUGAGUCCACCGACAUCAGCUGGCGGUGUGGUGGACACACUGCCACCGACACCGGCUGCCCUGCAGCCAGAGGUGGCUGCCACCGCCACUUCGACGGCGGUCAGCAACAUGAUACUCAAGGCGGCCGCUGACUUCAUUACCACCCAGGAGCAGGAGCAGCACAACUAUCAUCAUCAACACACCCGCACGCACACCCAUUCGCACACGCACUCGCACACACGCUCGCCGCAGUCUGGCGUGCCGGUGGCCAACAAUCCCGUGGAGGCUGGCGCGGAUCCGUUGGUCAAUCUGCUUUUGAGCCACUCAACGCCACCGGAGGCGGCAGCCGCUGCUGCUGCAGCCGUCGCCGCGGAGGCUGCCAGCUUUCAGUCACUUUCGGGGCACGGCCACAGCCACAGCCACAGUCAUAGCCACAGUCACAGUCAUAGCCACAGUCACAGUCACAGUCAUGGACACGGCCAUGGCCAUGGUGGUCACUCGCACGGCCACGCCCACUUGCCAGUUGUAGCGGCCUCACCACAAGAAUCUCUGAUCGUUGCAUUGGCCAGCGAGAAUGCGCUGCAAAAGUCCGUGGCCACCGCCGCCGUCACCACCAAUGGGGCCGUGAUGACCCAACAGGCCUCGGCGCCCACCACCGCCGGAAGCAUUUUGCCAGCGGCUGUCGGUGCCGUGGCUGCUGCUGCGGCCGUGGCCGUGCAGCCACCCAUACCCCAGGAGCUGACCACGAUGUCUGAUCAGGAUCUGAUUAGCUACAUAAACCCAAGCACCUUCGAUCAGCUUUAAACGGCUUGAGAUCAACAAAUUAAAUUACUUGGACGUUUUUUUUUAUUAUUAAAAAAAGAAUAUAUUAAUCAUAUGUGGACCUAAUAUUAAGUACAUGUAAAACCCAUGGAUAUGGAUACAAGGUUUCAGUGUGGACCAACUUUGCCUAAGCGACAGCGCAUGAAAAUGCCUGCCUGCUGUCUCCCUCAUCAACAAAUUCAAAACAGACACCCAAACACACACACACACACACACAAAUAUGUAUGGCUUUAUUUAAUCUGUAGCUGUACAAAAAUAUAUAUACCAUUAAUACACUU